CCCUGUUGCCGUAGUGUCAAAUUAUAGACGAGCUUCCAAACUACGGUUUUCGCAUUUAAGAAUUAUCUGCCUGUUGUGUAGGGAGUUUUUUUUUUUUUUUUUUAAUGAACAAAAAGUAAUGAACUGUCAAGAGAGGAGCUGCCAUGGAAGGAGUUCUUUAUAAAUGGACUAAUUAUAUAAGCGGUUGGCAGCCUCGCUGGUUUGUAUUAGCUGGUGGCACUCUUUCAUAUUAUGAUUCUCAAGAAGAUGCCUGGAAAGGAUGCAAAGGCAGCAUCAAGAUAUCCGUGUGCGAAAUACAGGUGCACCCCUCAGAUUUCACGAGAGUCGAUCUGACCAUACCAGGGGAACAAUACUUCUACCUCAAGGCAAUCAAUGCAGCAGAGAGACAGAAAUGGCUGGUAGCCUUAGGAACAGCAAAAGCCUGUCUGACAGACAACCGGACAAAAAGAGAGAAGGAGCUCCAGGAGAAUACAGAGGCACUGAAAACCAAAAUGUGUGAGCUGAGACUGUACUGUGAUCUUCUGCUCGAGCAAGUGAACAAACUCAAGGAGUGUCCCCUGGGCGAGGAGACCUCGGCCUCCGGAGAGGCAGGUGAUGAUGCAGGGAGUCUGGUGAAGUCCACUUGCACCACCUUCCUGAAGACGCUGGAGGAGUGUAUGCAGAUAGCAGGGCGUACCUUCAGCCCAGGCCUGCUGAGCCAUGGCCUGUCUGGGUCCCACAGCCCACCUGGUUCCCCUGCCCUCACUGCCGUUAAACCUCAAAAGAUCAAAUCGCUUAAUCAAACAAAUCCCCAUCCAGAAGAAAAACAGAAGCGUCCAGUAAACAGCUCAGCUAGUCCCUCAUCACAGAGAAGUGCAGAGUUUGGACCAGGGGGACAACCCACUUUAUCUCCCCCAGACAAUACAGUUGCACCUCCCACAGGGAACAGGCUACUGGAGCAGGAGAGCGAGGACCCAGCGGAGGCCCGGGCUGCUCCUCAGGCUCCUGCUGAGAGUGAAUGUGCUCCAGCGGAGGCAGGAACGGACGUGUGCCCAGACAAAGUAGCUCAUGCCCAGGAGAAGCAGGGAGACGUGGAGUCAUCAUGUCAAGAGCAGCGAGUCAGUGAUCGAAACGAGGCUGACCCAGGAGUGAAUGAGCUUGAAUCACAGGGUAAACAGGACGAGGAAGAGCAGGUGGAGACAUUCUUCAGUAGUAUGAGUCACAGAUUUAGUGAUAUAAGACUGGAAGACGACAAUGGUAUCCCCACACGGGCCUUUUUGGACUCUUGCUAUGCUAUAGUGCCAGUAUUAGACAAGCUGGGACCAACUGUCUUCGCUCCAGUUAAAAUAGAUUUUGUGGGCAACAUUAAGAAAGUCCAGCAGAAGCUGCUGUCUGAGCCGGGCACUUUCCCCACACUUCAGAGCGUGGUGCUGCACGAAGUGGAGACGAAGGUGGCACAUGUGCGGAAUUCGGCCACGGAGGCACUGCUGUGGCUCAAGCGAGGAUUGAAGUUCCUCAAAGAAUUCCUGGCUGAGCUGAAUGGCGGGGAGCAGGACAUCCAUUCAGCUCUGAACAACGCCUAUGGAAAGACACUACGGCAGUAUCACGGAUGGGUCGUGCGGGGAGUCUUUGCUUUGGCGCUGAGGGCGGCGCCCUCCUACGGGGGCUUCAUGGCAGCGUUGGUGUCCCAUGAGGGUGACGAGCUGAGGGAGGGCUUCUCCGCCAGCAUGCACCGGGACCUGGCCAUCUACCUGCCCGCCAUGGAGAAGCAGCUCUCCAUCUUGGACGCUCUGUACGAGGAGUACGGCCUGGAGUCGGAUGAGGUGGUGUGAGUCGCUCGCCAGCCCACAUGCACAGACGGACACCAGACGGAGCUCCCCGUUGCUCGGGCCGCUCUCCGGCCCUGCUUGGGAGAACGCGGUGUGAAGGGGUGACGGCCUGAUCAGGGGAUGGUAGCUGCUGCAGCAGGCAGAGGGUUGGUCCGUAUGAGCAGCGUAAGCACUGCUGGAACAAUUUGCUUAUACAGAUAGCGAUCGCAGUCUGGUCCUUCGCACCUCGAAGUGAAGCCUCCUGAGCUCUUAAUGGUGGGACAGGGGCCAAGACUGAAGGUGGGUUCAGGGAGCAGCUAAUUGCUGUUGACCUCCACGAUACAUCUGCGGCCAUAAAUAAAUAAUCAAAAUGACAUUUUAAAGAUUCUUCACUAAGACUUUAUGCACACACAUCCACAUCCGUGGUGGUUGGAGCGGCACAGGUAGUGUAGCUGUGCGCAGUUAAUAGUUAAGCAAGACAGGUUUUGUGUUUUUUUACUCGGCAUGCAAAAGUUGACCAACUUUUGUGAUAAAAAAAAAAGUAUCAUAUUUCCUUUGGUACUUUUGACAAAUUGCCUCAAUCACAUUACAUGACAUCGGAGCACAAAGGAUUCAUUAUAGAUGUGUUUUCUGGUUUCAAGCAAAAGUGCAGCAUUUAUCUGUCAGUACAUAUGAUGGUUGGUGUUGGACUAUUUUAUUGCACAUGGGUGUUAGGCUGAGUAGGCAGAAAAAAAAUGAUUUAUAUUCCCAGCUUAUAUAUAAAAAAUAAAAUCUUUAAAGAUACACUCACCUAAAACUGCUCCGAAGUACCCAGGAACAAAAUUAUUAAAUAGGUUGUUAAACUUGUCAGCUCUUAAGUUAUUGUAAAAAUACUUGAUCACUUUUUUUUUUAAAUUUUCUUUUAUUAAAUGGGAAAAGGUAUAUAUUUCCUAAUAACUAUUAACUGUUAAAUUAUUUAGAAAUGUAACAGUUAUGAGUAGGUUUUAUUCUAAGAAUUGUACCAUGUUUACUUGUUAAUGUAGCCUAAUGAACAAUAUUGACUGCAUGUGGUAUCGCAUGGGUUUGAUCAUUUUUCUGUCUACCGAAGGUGAAUUAAAUAACCCAGACUGAAGUAACUUGCUGAUUAGUAAUAUACUGGCUAAUUAUGCCUUAUAGUUUACACAACACAAGAAUGCCUGCUGUGCGAAGCCAAGUUAGAGAUCAGAGUCUGCCUACUUCAGAGAGGAUGUGCAGUCCCAAUUCAAAUCCCAUUUCUGAAAAAAUAUAAUAAUGAUCCCGUGUAAAUUUUGUACUUAGUAUUUAGAACUUUUACCUUGUGAAGGGAUUGCCGCAGAUGACAUUUCAUUGAUUAUGUACUCAGUGGCCACUGUCUGAGGUCCGCCUACUCUACAGCUGUGCCUGACUCUCUGGCAUCUCUGCUGGGUGCAGGCAUUAGCUGGCUCACAGUAACUUGUCUUCUAAUGCACAAAGUUUCUGUGUUUUUGGUGGCCUGUUUAAUGAAUUUUGUUUCAGUUUGGAAAACUAUAUCAGUGUAGCUAUCAGGACCUGGCUGAUAUGAACAUAUUAAUCAAAUCAAAUGUAAACAGACAAUUGUCUGUCGGUUGUUUUUUUGUUUGUUUGUUUUUUUGUUUUUUUUUUAAUAUAUAUGAAUUCCUUGACUUUUUUUUAAACUCAUUUAAAUAAGCCAGUAAAUUCUGAAAAUAACUGGACAUGCCAAGCAUGAGUAUAUUAUAGUUUACCGUUAGAGGUGUGGUAGCAUAUUUGUCAAAGCUUUAGAACUGGUGCACCUAAUGAAGCGAUCUCCCUGAACAUGGGGAACACCUACGCCCACUGUUCACUUUAUUAGGUAUUGGUGUCUUAAGGGUGCAUUUUGCAGAUGUGCACUUCCAGAUUGCAGUCCAUCUGGUGCCAUGCCCAGCGUCUUGCCUGCCUCUUACCUUCUUUAUGACUGACGAGCUUCUAACCACCGCUGAGCAGAUAUGACUCUCGAGACAGCGGUGCUCAGCGGUGGUUAGGUGGUUAUCUGCUCAGCGGUGGUUAGAAGCUCGUCAGUCAUAAAGAAGCUGUAGCGGUGGCACAGUGGGGGAUGUGGUAUGGAUACAGGGUGGAUCAGGCUUCGUAGUGGCGCUAGAGGUUUUAUAUGUGUCGUCAUCACUACUGGACUGGAAGUAGUCCGGCCAGUUAUGAUCCUGUGUUCAUAAACUCACCAGUGCUAAAGAGCUGGAGGAUGACCAAAUGCAAACUGAGUACGACGAGAGUCGGGCCACGGUAUCUACUAGGUGCUUCUGAUAGAUACAUGUUUCUAUGAAAGUAUAUGGGGAGGGUAUAUAUUUGGUAUAGGAGUUAAACUGUGCUUGUUGGUUGUUUUUUUAAGAAGUAGAUCGAAGUGCAUUCCUGUAGAAAGGCACAAUGACGGUGAAAGAUCAGUCUCCUUCAAUCUUUAGGGUGUUCCUUUAAGUGAUUAAAGGCCAAAUCUGAAGACUCUUCAAGUCCAUGUUAAACAAAUAAACACAUGCAAAUUCCUUCAGGCCUCUUGUUUUAAUGCAGUGCCAGGCUAACAUUAUAUCAGGACAUCGCUCUUCUUGACAUUCCAUGGAUGCUAAAUUCAUUUGUUGUCUUAGUAAUUGGUAUUGAAACUUUGUGUUACAUAUGCACAGUUUAUCAUUUUCAUCAAAAUGUAUUAAAAAUGUAAAACAUG